AUGGUAGAGUUAACACAAGAAGAGAUGGACGCCGUCAUCUACGAUGCCAGGGAAGGAGACUUGGCUACUCUUCGUGAAAUUUUCGAAGAAAUCGACCCAAAAACAUUAAUCUCCAUUAAGGAUGACAUCACAUUGAGCACACCAAUACAUGCCGCUGCUGGUAACGGCCACUUGGAUACAGUCAUCUACUUGUUGUCCAUCUUGCCACAUGAGGAUGCGGUCAAAUUGGCCUCCCAAGCCAACGAGACUGGUAACACUCCCCUCCACUGGGCCGCAUACAACGGACAUUUGAAGAUUGUGGAGCAUUUGUGUGAUCAAUAUGAAGCAGACCCAUUCGUUAAGAACGAAGUGGGCCAUGACGCUAUUUACGAAGCGGAAAGCAAUAACCAAAACGAAGUCGAGACUUGGUUCUUGAACAAAUAUGCCGUUGAAGACGGUUUUAAGGUGGAGGAAGAUGGCGAAAACACCAAGAUUACUUACAAGCCUGGUUCUGAGAGUAAGGAAGCCGAGGAGCAAGCCAAGUUGGCUGCUGUUGAGGCCCAGACUAAGAAUUUGGAGAUCUAA